AUGGACGAGCCUUCAACUAGCAGUCAACAACAUGAUAAGAAAGAUGAGCCUACAACCGAAAACAGUCAAAAAGAGCUUGAAGGGCUUGAGGAAAAUGUAGUAGGUCAUAACCAUGAUGAUACGGAAAAGACAACUGAAGUUGAAGGUUCAGCGGCCAAAAAGAAAGAUAAAGGUGGGACAGAUGGUAAUGUAGAGGAAGAUAAACUUGAUAAAGAUGAAAAACAUGGCAAAGAUCAACAACAUGAAGUAGAUCAAAAAGAACAUAAGCAAAACCAAGAAGAUAAAAAGGAACACCAGAUAGAUCAAAAGGAACAUGAAAUAGAACAAAAUGCACAAGAGAAAGAGCAAAAACAAAUGAAAAAUGAUGUGCCUACAAAAGACAAUACCCCUAAAUCAAUCAAUAAAAGGCGUUCAACUACUAGUACUGCUGAAGAGUACCAAAAAAUUGUAAAUAGCAACAUAUCAGACAUUGUCAGCCUAAAUGAUGAUGAAGAUGUUAGUGAUAAAGGAAGUUACACGGGUAAAAAUGUACAGAAUUCUGGUAAAGAUGAAGGUAAAAGAGGAAUGGAUAAUGAAAAAGAUGAAGAGAAAGGAAAGGGUGAUAAAGAUGGUGAGGAUACAGAAAAAGCUACAGCAAGCUCUAGUAAAGAUGCUGAUACUAGUAGGGACAAAGAUUCUGAAGCCAAUACUCGUGAUUUUUCAAAAAACAACGAUACAAGACACUCAGAAGCCCUUAAGAAUCGAAAAGCUUCAUCCACUGAUCACAGUUUCGAAAACUUAUCAACAGAAAAGAUGAAUCUUUCAUUCCCACCAUCCACAAACCCAUCACCAUCAAUAUCAAUACCUUCUCCAUCAACAUCACACUCAGUAUCACCUGCUCCAACCUCGGAUUUGCAUGUCGAGUCUGUAAAUGAACUAGAUGAUGAACAAGAUGAAUUAGAUCCUAAUGAAAAUGUAAUCGAUUUACCGGUGAUUGAAGACAGAAAAAAGAAUGCGAAUCAGAAGAAGAUGUCAAUUCAGUCGGACAUAUGGACGGUCAGAUUCGAUGACAUGCCCAUGCCUGUUGAGAACGGGGCAGGCAUGGGUAGUAGAGAUUUGGAAGAGAUUCAGGAGAAGUUGAUCAAGAGACGGAGGACUAAAGAGGGUACUACAAUAUGAUUUUUUGGCUGAUUUAUCUGGAGGGUGGGAGUAAAAUCUGAUUUUUUAACUCAAUUUAACCCAAGAUGGUACUGCCCGGUUUUUAACAAAGUUUUUUCGUUUUUUAACAUACAAGGUUGUGUUAAAAAACGUCAAGACUUUCAAACUUAUAUUAACAUACACAACAUUGUUGAAUCACUUUAACAGAAUCUUAAAAUGGACUUUUUAUAACAAUUUAUUACCUAAAAUUUAGUUUUUAUGAAAAUUAUUACCUAAAAUGCGUUGUUUAUAAAAUUUGUUAUCUAAAAUGCAUUUUUUAAUAAAAUUUGUUACCUAAAAUGCAUUUUUUAUAAAAUUUGUUAUCUAAAAUGCAUUUUUUAAUAGAAUUUCUUACCUAAAAUACAUUUUUAAAUUUACCUAUUUUUAGCCGUUGAAAGCGCCCUAGGACACGCCAAGUCAUGGUUUCACACGGUCUACGAAGUUUUGUGGCGCCUACUCGAGCUCCACGCUGUCCGCCUGGUCCUAUUAAUCGUAGUCAUCUUAUCAGUCAAACACUUUUGUGCUCUCAACUUUAUAGCCAUAUGUCUAGUUGUCAUAGGCGUAUGUCUACCAUCAAUAACAAGGCUAAUAUGCGUCUUUAUCUGCGCUUAUUUGGCAUUGGAGUUCUUGGCACGACAGGUGUAUCAGAUGCAUUUCAUACCUAAAGAUGCGUUGGAAAUCAGGUGUGACGAGUUUAAUAUGACGCAAAAGUUGUCGACUUGGAUCGGACUGGAAGAUACACCGAACUCGCCCAGUGGAGAUAUAUUGUUAAUGAUUCUGACGAUAGCACUUAUUGGAGUGACUUAUGCUAUCAAGUACAGGUAGGGUGUUUCUUAUGGUUUUUGAAUUUUUAGGUAACAAUAUUGGGUUUAAAAGGCGGUAUGAUCGGUUUUUCCGGGAAGGAGAGGUGUUUUUAUGAGUGGAUUUUUUUGAUUUGGUUAAUGAGAAGAGGGUGUGGUAAAAAAAAUUUUUGGGCGGGGUAGAAAAAAAAUUUUUGGUAAGAGGGAGUAAGAAGUGCAGAAAACAUUCUUUGAUUGCUUUUUUUGAGGAGGAGUAAAAAAAAUUUUGAAUGGGUAGAAAAAAAAAAUUUUUUUUGGGUGGGGGGCAAAGCUUUUUUUGCCAGUGUGUCACAAAAAAAUUAAAAUAAAGUUUUAUUUUACUAUAGUUACCAUAACAUACCCCUGUCAAUUUUAGACAACGCCACUAUCGCCUAAAAUACGGCCUACCCAUGCCACCGCCAGGAAUCGUCUUCCCCGAAGCCAUAGACAUAAAAAUAUUCGACCGAAACCUAGUCGAUGGCUUCAAAGUUGCCGUGAACUACUUUUUCUACAAAUUUGGACUAGAAAUGGCAUUGAUUGUUACAGUAGUCGAUGCCUGGUUCCGUAUGGAUUUGAUUGCCACUUUAAUGCUGAUGUGGGUAUUCGUGUUUUGUAUGUCAAGAAGGUCGAUUUGCCGACUGUUAUGGCCGUUCUACCUGCUGUUCUGCGCGUUCUUGUUGCCAUAUCAAUACGCAAUGGCUGUGGGAAUGCCACAGGCUACUUGUUACAGUAAGUUUUUAGUUUUUUCAAGGUUUGAAAAACAAGUUUUUGCAAUUUUUUGGUUUGUAAAGAAAGUUUUUGCCAUUUUUUAAUUUGUAAAGAAAGUUCUUGCCAUUUUUUAAUUUGUAAAGAAAGUUUUUGCGAUUUUUUGGCUUUUAAGGAAAGUUCUUGCUAUUUUUUGUUUUGUAAAGAAAGUUAUUGCGGUUUAAAGUUUUGUAAAGAAAGUUUUUACCUUUUUUAAACUUUUCCAUUUUCAGCUUACCCAUGGCAAUCCUGGCUAUCAAAAGAGAGUCUAAACGAAAAUCUUCUUCAAUUCCUGGACCUAGCUAGCUAUUCAGAAGGCGCUUCAUCUCAUUUCGUCCAUCAAAUCGUCUUCGACUUUAUCCUCCUCCUCUUCGUCGCUUCACAAGAAUUCACGUUCAGAAUCGAAAGCUCGGAACAUCCAGCCAGCAACAACAACAGCAUCUACCGUACUGGCGAGUUCGUCCUCCAUCAUGACAACCCACAUUACGACUUUGUGGCGGAACAACGAAGCUUUGUCGACUACAUCAAGAUUGCUAUCUUCAUGUACGGUCAUUGGCUCACAAUGAUCAUGGUACUAGCCGCAGGUCUUGGUGGUACCUCACUGUUCGCUUUGGGAUACCUGGUGCUAGCUUUUGCUAUGUUAUGGCAGGGAAACAACUUGUAUAUCAUGAGGAAUUACAGGAAGACGCUGACCAAAUGGUACAUAUUAAUGGCCUACAACAUUGUGGCCAUGUUGUGGAAGGUGGCUUUGCAGGUGGGUUUUUUGGUUUUUUUGUGGCGGGGAGGGGUAAUGUUAAAAUUUUUUUUAUUUGUAUGGUUUUUGAUGGUAUUUUCCAGUAGGUAGGGCGAAUUGAAAAAAAAAUUUUUGGGCGGGGUAAAUUUGAAAAAAAAUUUGUGGGUGGAUUUUGAAAAAAAAUUUUUUUGGGCGGUAUUUUAGAAGAGGUUUGGUUGGGUAAAGCAUAUUUUGAAAAAAAAAUUAGGGGUGGAUAAUUUUAAAAAAUUGGGUAUGAGCAGAAGGGAGGGGUAAAACAGAAAAAUUAAUUAGUAGAAGUAAGGAAAAAUGUUGAGGGUAUUAUUUUCAAGAAAAAUUUGGGUGUGGUAAAUUUUAAAAUUAAAAAAUUUGGGGAUGGACUUUAAAAUUUUUUCGUUGUUUCAAAAUUUUUGAUUUUUUAAAAAAAUAUUGUUUCAGGUCCUAGCCUGUGUCUGGGUGGAAGAGUUCAAGAGCCAAGACCUCUGUUCAGUACGCCAACUCUUCAGUAUUGUCUGCGUGGACAAGACAAUGGCGGAACGCUUAACCCCGGAUGACAAGUGCAUUGUACCCUCAUCGGAAACCAAAAUCGGCUUUGAUACAUUGGCCUUCAUCUUCCUAGUCUUCCAAAUUCGAAUUCUCCACUCCUACUUCUUCCAACGAUGCAUGGUUGACUUCAGAUGCGAGAUUAUUCAGUCCUCGAGAGGUGCUAUCUUGAUCAAUCAACUGGUCGAUAAACAGAUGAGAGAACAAUAUCAAAAUCAGGUCAAAAAGUUUAAAGAGAUUGCGGUUAGAGCGAAGGAGAUUAGGAAACAGUACGAGGAACAGUUCAAGAAUGCUGGAAGGAACUAUUUUGUACCGGAGACUUAUGCUCAAGGUAGGGGUUUUGGUGUUUUUUUGAAUUUUUUAAAUUUUUGAAAACUUGAAAUUUAAAAAAAUUUGAAAGGAUUUAAAGGGAAGGGCCUUGGGUGUGUUUUAGGUAUGAUUUUGCUCAAUUUUGUCGAUUAAAAAUGGCAAAAAUAGCCUUAUAAUCAAGGUUAUCGCUAAAGAUUUUGUCUGCCAGGAGAUGGGCACUGGGGGAAGAAGGGAAAGAGGGAUGGAUUUAUUCCUAUUAACUUCUUCUCUUUUUAAAAUUACGUCAAAUUUCAAAAAGUUAGACUUAAAAUAACAAAAAAAGGUAAAAGAGUCAUCGACCAACGACUGGUCGAUUACCCAACCAACGCCGAGCUAAUCCAAUGGAAGCACGAAGUCGAAACUGGCGGUUGCGAUGGUUGUGACCAGUGUUGUACUGACGCCGGUAUUAACCAUCACAACUAUGAAGAUACUAAUCACCCCACGUUUGGUGAUAUCGAUGACCCUUUACCGACGUAUGAUCCAAGAAGUGAUAGUAUCAGAUCAAGGGAACGGGCCAAGAUUGUGCAUACCUUGAGGCAUUUGCCACGGAUUCAAGAUCGUCGUGAUAGCUAUCAUAAGGGUUAGGUGGAUGGCUUGACUUUAGGCUUUUUGAUGCUUUAUUACCUAAAAUAAUGCUUAUAUUUUGAGUCGAAAUCUUUAAAAAUGAUGAUUUUUAGUUGAACUUAUCAUGCUUAAAAAUACCUUCAAUUUUAAUUUCCAAUCAGACCUAUGAUUUACUAUACGAUUACACUAUAGUACUACGAUAACAUUGGUGUGGCCCUGGCUUUUUCGUUUCACAUGUACCAGCUUGGCUUCUUUUAAAUUGGUUUUUGUGACCUUUUAGGCUAUCUACAGUGCUUAAAAAUGGUUGUUAAGACGUAAAAAAGUCUUGUCGUUUUUUAAUUAGAAGGUCAAUGAAAGUUGACGACAAGGCUUUUUUAAGAGCUCAAAACAUUUCUAAAUUCUAUUGAAACACUUUUUAACGAUACAAAGAGGGCUUUUAUAAUUAAUAUUUAACUUGAUGCUCACUCUUCAUCUUAUCAAUCCUGAAAUCUAGUAACUUUAAAAUUUUAAAAAACCUUUCAAAAAAAGUACUACAGGGUGUGCCAAAAGUCCGUUGACUCAUUAUUUUAGUCAUAUAUUUAUAAAAAUUUAUAAAAAUCUAUAAAAAAAUUAUAUAAGUCGCGUACAACAUAAAGAAAUCGACCGGUAAAGUUAGUCAACGGACUUUUGGCACACCCUGUAUAAUAUGGCUUUAAAUGGCAAAAAAGUACUAUAAUAUAGCUUUAAAUGCCAACAUUUAGUCUUAAACUUUGCACUGUAAACCUUUUUUAAUUUUUAAUAAAAUUUCAGAUUUAAAAAUAUUGUUACCUAAAACUUCUAAUUUUUUAAAAAAUUUAGUAUUAACUAGUAUUUGUUAACGAAAAUUUCCAAAAAUUCUAUAUAACCCUUCAAAACAAAUUUCAAUUUUCAAACUUUUUAAAAAAUUAAGUUCAAACUAAUUUUUCGAAAUUUUUAUGUAACAUUUCAACAUUUUACUAAAACUUGCCAUUUACACCCACUCCUCUUGCAUCAAGUUCUAAAUUUUUAAAAUUUCAGCGAAACGAGCCGGCGAUUUUUACAUGUUCAACUACGACCCUCACACUGAAGAUAUCACUUGCCCCGAGGAGUUGUACGUACCAGAAGUCCUAGGCGAGCCACGUGGCAAACUGGACCCAGCCCAACUCAUUCACACCGCCGUGAACAAGGACAUGGACUUGAAGGGCACGUUGGAAGCGGUAGCCGAAGCCGAAAAGAUUGUGGACGAAGAGCGACGGAUGAUCGAAGCUGUUCGUGAGGAUCCAGAAGGCAUGAAGAAGAAGCUACAGAAGUUGAGUCAGGCCAGAAGGGAGCGAAUCGAAAAAGCCGCCCAGCUACAACCCUGUAGCUCAGACGACUUAAGGGAAACUGAAGACGGUCUGGAGAUGAAGGUGAGAACACCGUCUGAGCCUUCGGAAUCUUCGUCUGAAGAGGAUGUGGAAGAAGAGAAGCAACCAAAACAGUUUGUAGAUUACUUGUACUCGGCUCUGAAGUUUGUGCUGAAGAUAUUGACGGCCUUGUUACACUUGUUGUCAGAGUUCUUCAAUAGAUACUCGAGGGAACACCGAUACGUGGCCUAUGUACUGGACAAGGAGAAGAUAAGACUGAAGCACACUAUGCCUGAGGUAAGGGAACAAGUUUUUUUUUAAAUUGCAAAAACUUUCUUUACAAAAUGAAAAAUGGCAAGAACUUUCUUUACAAAACUAAGAAUGGUAAAGACUUUCUUUGCAGAACAAGAAAUGGCAAAAACUUUCUUUACAAAGCUAAAAAUGAAAAGUUUUUAAAAAAUCAAUUUUCUACAUUUCAGGUACUAUACGAUGCAAACCAGACAACCCAGAAUCUCCGCGCCGAAUGGAAGAAACGUGGCCUUCAGAUUGUAGCAUCAGCCGAAGACGUGGGCCGAGUCGAAGAAGAAGCCCAAGCACGCUGGGAACAGCGGCACGUUGUAACCAAGUUUGUCAUCAGCUACGUCAGCUUCAUCACCGCCUACACUCACAUCGUAUGCUACAUCUUUGCGGCAUGGGCACACGCUUACUGUGGCGGCCUAAUCACCCUACCCCUACCCUUGAUGGUCUUCUUCUGGGGAUCCCUUUGCAACCCACGCCCACCCAAAUUCUUCUGGAUUUGUAUGAUAUUGUACACGGAGUUCGUGAUCAUCAUCAAGUUUGUAUGCCAAUUUGGAUUUGUGGAGUCGUGGCAGAAGAGCACCGAUGACAGUUGGAGGGAUUGGCACUACGUACUGGGUAUCCAGCAAAUGGCUUACUUUUCCUUACUAGAUGUGGCACUGUUGGUAGCACUGUUCGCUCAUCGGUACAUGUUACGCAGAAUUGGCUUGUGGAAGGAUGCCAACACGGCCGAAACGUUUGUCGAUGAAAAUGGAUCGCCCAAGAGGAAUGGAAGCCCGGUACCACAGAUUUUCGACAUGGAUAAGGUGGGUUUAGAUGGACGAGCAAGUCUAGUAUAUAAUGCAGAAGAUCAUAUUUGAACUAUUAAGAUAGGUGUUAGGUUAAAAAUGGCGGUAUUUUGUAAAGAAAGCUUAAAAAGUAUGUUACGCUAGACGUCAAGGGCGUCGAAGGUUUUUUGGCCGUUUUUGUUGUUUUUGAAAUAUAAAGAGGUCAGUAUGAUCAGUAUAUGAUGAGGAAGGUCACAUCUGAGUUAUUUAGUUAGAGUUCGAGUGAAAAAUUGCGGGUUUUCAUAGAAAAAACAAAAAUUAUAUUACACUAGACAUUAGAAGGGUAGGCUUGGGAGAAACUGAAAUUUUGAGAAAGUGACAAUUGAGAUAUGACUUUCUUUGCAUUUUUUAGAAUUGGCAGAUAUUACUUUAGGAUUCUGUAAAAUUUUAUAAAAUUAGAGUCAAAAACGACUGAAAUAUCGACCAUUUUUUCAGAUUAAGCUAGACCUGUCCGAAACACCAAAUGAAGAAGAACAACAACCGAAAGAAGAACGUAAAGAACCAACGACAGCUGUGGGUCGCUUCUUUGAUGCUCUACUGCAUCCCAGAAUCCGCUACAUCAGAGAUUUUUACCCAUACAUCUUCUUCCUGGACAUUAUCUGUGUAUUGAUCCUGACCUUCCAGUAUCAAUCGUUCGGAGAGCUGUCUUCGGAACAGUUGAGCUUGUUGGCGGUGAGUUUUGGGAGGGGGGGGGGAUUUGUAAAAUACGUUCAAUGAAGUUUCUUUAUAAUGUUAUGUGAGAUUUUUGUCUUUGUGGUAAUGUUAAAAGUUUUCGUUGCGGGACCCAAAAAUUUUGAAAUUUUAAAAAAUUUUAAGAUAUUUUUAAGUUUUAAUUAAAAAAAUAAUUAAAAAUGCUAUUUUAGAGCUCACGAGUCCCACUGAUGUUUGUUGUCAUGCUGUUCAUAUCAAUUAUCAUGAUAAUCAUUGAAAGAGCCCUAUACUUGAGGAAGGCCGUCUUCUGGAAGUUAAUGUACCAUGUAAUCUUGAUUUUCCUGCUUCAUGUUUGGGUUAUGGUGGUGUUGCCUAGCAUCACACAAAAGUAGGUUUAUUUUGGAUAUUUUAAAAUGAAAAAAUUUGAAAUUUAAAAAAAUUGGAAAAAAUUUGGAUUUUGAUGUCAUGGUUAAUAUAAAAAUCGAUUUUUUUGUGGUUUUUGAUUAUUUUUUGGGAUUUUUGUUUUUAGUAUGUUAUAAUAAAGACUUUGUGGUACUUGAAAAAUGUGUUUUGAUGUAAAAUACGACUAUUAUAACUAGAGAAAUUUUCAUUUUUGUUCAAAAAAUUUCAGUUUUCGAGUUGAAAUUUGUAUAAACCACUAUAAUAUGGCCCUGUUUAGACGCGUAGUAAACAACAAACCAGCUCAAUUUUUCUACAUGGUCAAAUGCCUUCAACUACUGGUCAGUGCAUGGCAACUUCGCAACGGAUAUCCACGACUAUGCACCGGCAACCUCCUCACCCACUCCUAUGGUGUAGUCAACUAUGGCCUCUUCUACGUCUUCCUAAUGCUGCCAUUCGUAUUCGAACUUCGUACGAUGAUCGACUGGACCUGGACUGACACAACCAUGCCCAUUUUCGAUUUCAUCAAAAUGGAAAUGUUCUACGCCAAGAUCUAUGUCAUCAAAUGUGCUAGAGUGCUGGAGCAAAACUUCCCAGUACCGCGAGGAGUACCACGGGGUACCAUGAUCAAGUACAUGUAUGGUAUACCCGGAAUCUUCGGGGUGAUUAUACUGAUGCUAUCACCAUUGUUGGCCUUUGCUCUGUUGAAUAGGAUCGGCGAUCAUCUGACUCCACAGAACAUGAAGAUGCACGUCUCACUAGAAGGCUUCCCACCCAUCUACCAGAUGUCAGCUCAAGGCAUCGACAUGGUCGAGUUCACGGAAUCCCAAAAAGAAAAUUUCAAGUCAGCUAUCGACAAAAUGGGCUACAAACCGGACCGUCGCGAAUACACCCGCCGUGCCAUAUCGUUCCUGGGCGACUACGAGGAGAAGGACAUUUAUCGUGUGAAGCUACGCCCCGAAUCCGACGUAUGGUGGCCAAUAUCAACCGAAUCUUUGAAUGCCAUGUACACCGAGCUGAACAAGGUCAACAAGGAGAACAAGACCCUCUACAUGAACAUUCACAUUGAGUUCCAACGGGUACGACAGAACGUCGAGAAAGAACCGUCAGUACACUCGAAUGACUAUCAAAUAGCACUAAUACCACAUCAUGAUGGAACACAAGGUCUGGCGGAUCAACUAGCCAAUGCGAUUGCCACAGCAAACGGUACCACGGCUCAAGCACCAGUUGUACUAAUCUCUGCGGCAUUGCCAUACUUUGUGGUGGUACCAAAUGAAGGCCAAUUGAGAGAAACACAGGUCUUGGAGAAGGUGAUUCAGGACAGAGACAAGUGUCAAGGGGUGAAGCUGCCAAUCGAAGAAUGCCUGAAGAAUCAAACCUUCUUGGACUUUCAACUACAACUCUUUGGAAGUCAUGAUGUAGGUUUUUAUGUUUUAAUAAGGGUUUUUUUGAGAAAAAAUAAGAAAAAUGGAUUGAAAAUAAGCUAUAAGGGGCGAGUAGGGGGAAACUCUUAUCUCUACCUUACGUCUAGUCUUUACACUUAUCCCCAAGUUUACCCCUACCCUUACCUUUACUUCUACCUCUACUUUAUCCCUACUCCGAAGCUUUUAUUACCUUUACUCCUACUUCUACCCCCAUCUUUUCUUUCUCUCUUAUUCCUACUUGUUCUUUCUUCUUCCUCUGACUUUCUACCCUCUCUAGAUUUACUAACUCUUUCAUUUGAAUAAUAAAAUUUUUGAAGGUUAAGAACAGGCAAUGAUUAAAAAUUUAAAAAAUCAUUUUUCAAUUUCAGCACAAGUCAUUCCUAUGGAAAAUCCAGCCGUUGUACAAGGAUUUGGCCAACUUCUCAAUUCCCCACGAUCAGACUGACUACGAUCAGUACAACAAAUUGAAAUACGUUGAACUGGUGGCUUUUGUCGACCGUGUCUUCCCACCUAUUUUCAGCAAAUUCACUCAGGGAGGGUAAGGAUAUUUUUAUUGUUUUUAUUUCUUUGGGGUAUUUUUUGGGUUUUAAGGGUUACGGUGGAUUUCGUGGUAGGACUCAAAGGUUUUGAAAUUUAAAUUUGUGGGUUACUGUAGUUUUUAUUCUGGGAUUGGGGGCUACUGUAGAUUUUAUGAUGAGAUUCUGGGUUUACGGUAGAUUUUAUGUUGGAGCUUUAGGGUUAGGGUAAUUUUAUGUUGGGGUUACCGUAUAUGAUAUUUUUAGAUUACAGUAGCUGUAAUGUUGGGAACUUUUGAUUACAGUAGAUUUUGUGAUACUAUUAAGGGUUGCGGUACUUUUUUUACUAAAAACAUAAGUUACAGUACAUUUUGAACUUUCUAUAAUCAUACCUUUUCAGUAUCAUGGCCAUGUACUUUGCCGUCGUAUAUUUGGGCGCACGUCUCCUUCGUUCCGUGAUCACCAGCGAACCCACCGAUGUGAUCGUCCAAGAAAUGCCAAACCCAGACUACCUCCUAAAGGUCUGCCAAGACAUUUACCUGGUCCGCGAAGCACGAGACUUCAUCCUGGAAGAGGACUUGUUCGCCAAACUGAUCUUCCUCUUCCGAUCACCAGCCACCCUCAUCAAAUGGACCCGUGCCAAGAUCAAGCCGGAUUAA